AUGGUUAGUCAGCAUUACCACAAAUUAUUUAUAGUGUUAUUAUGUUUAAAAUCGGUUACAUUUUGUGUCCAUCUAAACCCAUCCGAUAUUGAUGAAGCUAUAGCCAAAGGGGCAUCGUUCAAUAAUCUGAUACGAGAUCAUUUUACUAGUUUGGUAUACGAUAAAAGUAUCAGAGAUUUAACAAUUAGAGAAUUCACAUACCCUCUGACACCAUUUACUAUAUAUGGAGAGAUUGCUCUAGAAUAUUCUUUUGUUGCAAACCAUAUGAAAGCCCUUCUUAAAGGGAAACUAAAUAAAUAUGAGAUAGGGCCCUAUUUAUUAUCCCUUAAUAUAUCUAGUACGACUUUAGCUCGAAAAUGUAAAAUUGAAAAACAUCUGCGAAUUCACACAUGUAAUAAAUAUGAACGGGAAUUGGAUGGAUUCUGCAAUAAUAUAAAGACUAAACAUUGGGGAAUGUCAAAUAUGCCCCACAAAGGACUUAUUGAGCCCGAUUAUGGCGAUGGACUUAAUAAUCCUCGAAUUGCUAAAAAUCGAGAAGCAUUACCAAAUCCUAGGUUAAUAACUAAAAAGUUCAAACAACAAGAAAAAUUCUUGGAGCAAUUUUUCAACAUAUCACUUAUAAGGAAUGGCUAUUCAUCUUGCUUGGACCGAUAGAAAUUCAAAAACAUAAAUUAGAAUUGGCAGAUACAGGAUAUUUUUCAGGUUAUAAUGAAAAUAUAGAUGUUGCUUAUUCGUUUGCUGCUGCUGUUUUGAGAUUAGGACAUAGUUUAAUCAAGUACGAUAUUCUCCACAACAACCUCAUCCUCAUAUCUGUUGAAGUUUAAUUCUGACGAGGAUGCUAUUUGACGAGGAUGCUAUUGACGAGGAUACUAUUGACGAGGAUGCUAUUUGACGAGGAUGCUAUUUAUUUCAAACAUUACAUUUAAUAAGUAGCUAAGUUAAAUUUUAUAAUUUAGUGAUACCCUUUAAUUGGAUUCUCUUUGCUUUUGGGGAAACGGGUGAAAUUAGAUUUUCAUCCAAGUCAAUGUUAUAAUCAAAUCCAAUAUGUUUUCAAUAUGUUUUUUUACUUCAUUAAUUUCUUCCGACGACAACAUCCUCAUUUAUCCAUGAAUUUCAAAUUUUUUAAUUAUAAACUUUUUAGCUCUUUUCUUUAUUAAAUCUAUUACUUCUUUGCUAUUUCUCUCCAUUAUAUCCAUAUUUAUUUGAUUAUGUUCCUAUAGAAGAAGAUAAUACCUAAAAUUUUUAUAAAUAAAGAAAAAAUUGGCAUAAAUUCUAAAAUAUUAAUUUUCAUACCAUAUAAAAACGUUUUGGUAGGCCUGCAGUCGCCCUCAAGAGCAUCAGUUGCAACCUUAUACGGUUCCAAAUAAUCUAUCAGUGUUUUUAAACCUUCCUUUCCCAUCGAUCCCAUUUAUUCAGUCAUAUCACGAGAUUGCAAGAACAAAAAAAAUCUUAUCAUAUAUUAAAUAAAUGC